UCUCGCAAACGAGAGUUAUUAUAUUAUUAUAUAUAUACAUAUAAAGAAGCAUAUCUCCUUUGAGUUUGAGGGAUCCCCGUAGCUUAGAUAAGUUCGGGAAGUCUUUUGUUCGACUUCUCUUCGCCUCGAUUUCUAGACAGAGACAGGCACGGUAAGAGGGAGACAUAAAAGGAGAGAGGAGAGAGGAGAGAGAGAGAGAUGGAGAUAGAAGUAGACGAGAGAACGGAGAUGACAGAAGAAGAGCAGGGGUGUCAGACGCCUAAACACGGGGAAUGUCAAAUUCCGACAGCUUCGGUGUGCCCACCGCCUCCUAGGAAGAAACCGGUUUACGGAAAGAAGAGAGACCCACCGAAGAAUGGGUAUUUUCAGCCGCCUGAUCUAGAAGUUCUCUUUGCGUUGGCGCCAAGACGGGAAGCCUACGCGUAGGCGGGCGGGGUCUGGCCCGUGAUGCCUGCUUUUGUAGAUAGUUGUAAUCUACCCACUCUGUUUUCUUUUUCUUCGCCUUCUUUCUUUUUGGAGAUAUAUGGAUGUAAUGUUGUAAUCGUUUUGUUAAUUUUGUAACUCGAAGACUCCAAGAUAUAUUCGUUCAUUUUUCUUUUGGUCUA